ACAGGGGAUUAUGGGAAGAAACAAGCUGAAUGCCAAUGUUGUAGUAAGGAGCUGGUUUAAAAAUGUUUGUAUUUUAUGUCAGUAAUCCAAGGCUGGGAAAGCCUAGUAGCCCAGAAGUAAAAAUCCAAAAAUUACUUUUAAAAAAACCAAACAGUCAAGAACAAAAAAGUAGUCAAUGCAUAUUUUCCUGUGUGUUCCCUGAUUGUUUAGCACUAAAUCUUUUAUUGCACUGAAAUUAUGGUGUAAAGUUUGGUAGACAACGCCUCCUGCCCUGCCCCAGUCCCCAGCACACUUCCAGCAACUAGAGGCUAUAUCAAGAUGACCUCUGAGGAGAUGACAGCGUCUGUUCUUGUCUCUGUGGUCCAGAGUAAAGUGAUACCUGCCCAGUCAGCUGGAGAUGAAAAUACUGAAAAUGCUUUGGACACCAGUGUUAUAAAAAGACAUACUGCCCGUCUGGGAAGGCAAACCACACAUGCUCUCUCAUACCUACACAGACUUGAAGAAGAAAGUCUUCAGGGCUCAGUGCCCAAAAUAUUCUCUCUGGCGAAAAAACGACUGACUAAUGACAAUAGUAAUGAAAACUUCUGGGAGAGGAACAGCUCCAUCCCUGAUUCAGUGGAAUUUCUUAACAUUAACUGUAACAUUGUACAGAAAAAAAUCAAGAGCAGUGUCCCCUGCAGCCAGUUGUAUAAAUCUUGUGGGCCUUCAGCAGGAGAAGCAUGCCUGGAAACUGGAAUUCCUGUUUCACUGGAAAGAGCCAUGCUUGCUGAAAUUCAGUUGAAAAUGAAUGGACCUCCAUUAAGAAGUCAGACAGCAGUAAGUAAGAAGGAUGGCAAUGAUACUGAUCAAGUGGCCUUUUUUCACUUUCAUUGUGCUAGUGAAAGGAAUAUAUCAAAGGCUUUGUGCAGUUUGCACAACAGCUUCAUUUUGGACGACUGCUUGCAGCCAGCAAGUGUUGGCGAAGGUAACACCACCAGUUCCCCUGCUUGCACUUGCAGAUUAAUGGAGCUGACAAACAAUUGUGAGAAUGAGAACGGGCAGAAGUUUUAUGACGACACUUUAAGGGAUAAGUAUUUAUGUCUGGAAAGAGCACCACGAAAAGUUAAAAUGGCAUGCUCAGGUCACAACUUCUGUGGAAAUAACUUUACUGGAAGAAUGCCCUCCAAGCCCUUUCUGAGCCAUUUUGAAGACUGUAAUGAUAACUGUGAAGAAGAGCUGGAAGAGAAUUUCUUUAAAAACAAAAAGGAUCGUUCCACUUUAUUAAUAAGACGCUUCUGUAAAAAUGAUAAAGAAGUGAAAAAAUCAGUUUAUACUGGAACAAGAGCAAUUGUCAGGACUUUACCUUCAGGGCAUAUAGGAACUGUUGCUUGGAAUUACGUUGAGCAAAGAAGAAACAACGCUGACUUGAAGCUUUCUAGGAUUACAACAGAACAGCUAACUAGAAUUCAGCCCUUAAUGAAAUGGGAGUUUACUUCAUUUCUUGAGAAGUCUUUAUGGCAUGAGAUAUUCAAUACAGUGAGAGAAGAAGGAGCAGAAGAUAUUUUUGAGUGUUUUCCUCAGCUUCUGAGAAAUCUUCCAGCGUUUGAUACAAACUGUAUAUGCAAGGGUGAUGGUUUUUGCGUCAAACCAUGUGUAACAGGUGCUUGCUGCCAGUAUCGUGCCACUUCACAGAGAACUGCACUCUCUAACUAUAUAACUGGUGCUUUACUAGAAGCAACUACAUCAUUAGGAGCAAGAAGUGGUCUUUUGAAUAUCUUUGGAGGAUCAACUGGAAGAACAAUGCUUAAAGAACGUCAAGCGUGUGCAUCUAUGGCUGGCUCCAGCGUCCUUCCCUCCAACGUGGCUGGUAUCAGCAAAGAGCUGAUCGAACUGCAGCACCUCAUCCAGUUCCCUGAGGAGGUUGCCAGCAUUCUGACCGAGCAGGAGCAGGAGCUCUACCGGAAAGUCUUACCCAUUGACUACCUCUGCUUUUUAACCAAGGAUUUGAGUAACGCUGAAUGUCAAAGCAAGCUGCCAUCUAUUAAAGCCUCCAUAUCGGCUACUAUUCUUUCUUCCUGCAGUGGUGAACAGAAUGCCAUAGAAGAUCUUGUGACAAGGUUUAAUGAGGUGAGCUCGUGGGUUACUUGGCUGAUCCUGACUGCAGGUUCCAUGGAGGAGAAACGAGAAGUCUUCUCAUAUUUAGUACAUGUGGCAAAGUGCUGCUGGAAUAUGGGCAACUACAAUGCUGUAAUGGAAUUCCUGGCAGGGCUAAGGUCAAGAAAAGUUUUAAAAAUGUGGCAAUUUAUGGACCAGUCUGAUAUUGAAACCAUGCGAAGUCUGAAAGAUGCCAUGGCCCAACAUGAGUCAUCCUCUGAAUACAGGAAAGUGGUCAACCGGGCACUCAAUAUUCCAGGCUGUAAAGUUGUUCCUUUCUGUGGUGUAUUUUUAAAAGAGCUCUGUGAAGUUUUGGAUGGAGCAUCAAGCCUCAUCAGACUAUGCCCACGAUAUAACUCCCAAGAUGAAACAUUAGAGUUUGUUUCAGAUUACAGUGGACAAGACAAUUUCUUGCAACGAGUAGGCCAAGAUGGUUUAAAUAAUCCAGAAAAAGAAUCAACAGCAAACAAUAUCUUUCAAACCAUUCGGAGCUGCAAUCGCAGUUUGGAAUCUGAGGAGGGUGAAGAUAAUUUGAGUGAAGGGAGUGAUUCGAGAAAAAACUCUUUGAAGGACAAAACCCGCUACCAAUUUAUAAUUGGAGAUCUUUCAGAUUCUGAAAAUGACAUAUUUGAGCAGCAGAAGGAGUGGGACACAAGUUCAACAGAAGAACAACAAAAGGCAUUCUGCCAUGGGAUAGAACUCAUUCCCUGGUACGUGUUAUCUAUCAGGGCUGAUGUCUAUCAGUUCAUGCAGCAAGGGGCAACUGUCAUUCAUUAUGACCAGGAGACACAUCUCUCGGCACGUUGCUUUCUUCAACUUCAACCUGACAACAGUACUUUAACUUGGACAAAACCCACAACAGUUUGCCCUGCAAAUGCUAAGGCAAAACUAAGUGUGCUGGGUAACACUGCUGAGCUUGGUAAAUACCAGUUUCUUGGUAAUACUGGACUGGUGGAAGGUUUUUUGGACUUGUUUUCAGCCAAGGCUGUAUAUAUGGGACACUCUGGCAUUGAUAUGCACACUGUGUGUGUUCAAAAUAAACUUUGUAAUAUGUCCCUUGAAGAAAAUGGUAUAACACUACUUUAUGGACUUCAGACUACUGAUAAUAAAUUGCUGCACUUUGUUGCUCCAAAAUACACUGCUCGAAUGCUGUAUGAUGGAUUGCUGGAAUUGACUAAAGCUGUAAGAAAAAUGAGGAAAUUCCCUGAUCAAAGACUACAGUGGCUACGGAAACAGUAUGUCAGCCUAUACCAGGAGGAUGGAAGGUUUGAAGGCCCAACCUUGGCUCAGGCUGUGGAACUGUUUGGAGGCAGACGAUGGAGUGCAAGAAACACAAGCACAGGAACUCAGACCAAAGGCAUUGAGAAAUCUAAUGUACAGAGAAACAACACUCUGGGAAUAAGCACAGCUAAGAAAAAGAAGAAAGUACUCAUGAGGGGUGAAAGUGGAGAGGCCACUGAUGAUGAAAUGGCAACUCGGAAGGCAAAAAGCUGUAAGGAAUAUCGUAAUAGAAGUGGUUCAGAUCCUCAAGAUAUUGAUGAGCAAGAGGAACCAGAUCAAAAUAUUUUUAAUGCUUCUCCAUCUAACAACCUGCCAUCAAGAAGAGCUCACUCUCUGACAACAUCUGGAUCUCCUAAUUUAGGAGCUACAUCUUCACCAACAAGGCCAGUGUCCUCUCCUGUAAUGUCUUCAAGCAAGAGUCAGUCUAGCACAUGGAGCAGCAGUAGCUGGCAUGGCCGUGUUAAAGGAGGAAUGAAAGGGUUUCAGAACUUCAUGGUGUCUGAUAGCAACAUGACUUUUGUGGAAUUUGUAGAGCUCUUCAAGUCUUUCAGUGUCCGUAGCCGCAAGGAUCUGAAAGACCUUUUUGAUGUCUAUGCUGUGCCUUGCAAUCGAUCUGGUUUAGACCCUGCUCCACUUUACACUAAUUUGAAGAUUGAUGAAAAUAGCAGUGGAUUCCAGCCCGAUUUAGAUUUGCUAACUAGAAAUGUUUCAGACCUUGGUUUGUUCAUUAAGAGCAGGCAGCAACUAUCGGACAACCAGAGACAAAUAUCUGAUGCUAUUGCUGCUGCCAGUAUUGUAACCAACGGUACUGGUGUUGAAAGCACAUCUCUGGGAAUAUUUGGAGUGGGAAUCCAGCAGCUAAAUGACUUCCUGGUCAAUUGCCAAGGAGAGCACUGCACCUAUGAUGAAAUCCUCAGUAUUAUCCAGAAAUUUGAACCCAGUGUAAAUAUGUGCCAGCAGGGGCUACUAUCUUUUGAAGGAUUUGCAAGAUUUUUGAUGGAUAAAGACAACUUUGCUUCUAAAAAUGAUGAGUCACAAGAGAGUGCUGAGGACUUACACUUUCCACUGUCUUAUUACUACAUAGAAUCUUCACACAAUACUUACCUUACUGGCCAUCAGCUUAAAGGGGAGUCCUCAGUAGAGCUCUACAGCCAGGUUCUUUUACAAGGCUGCAGAAGUGUCGAAUUAGACUGCUGGGAUGGUGAUGAUGGGAUGCCUAUUAUUUAUCAUGGGCACACUCUUACUACUAAGAUCUCUUUUAAGGAGGUAGUUGAAGCUAUUGAUCGCAAUGCAUUUAUCACCUCAGACAUGCCCAUUAUCAUAUCAAUAGAAAACCACUGUUCGCUGCCUCAGCAACGCAAGAUGGCUGAAAUUUUCAAGAAUGUAUUUGGAGAUAAGCUGGUAACAAAGUUUUUAUUUGAGAGUGAUUUUUCCGAUGAUCCCAUGCUUCCUUCACCUGGCCAACUGAAAAGAAAAGUCCUGCUUAAAAACAAGAAGCUGAAAGCCCAUCAAACACCAGUGGAUAUAUUGAAGCAAAAGGCUCACCAGCUGGCUCAUAUGCAAGCACAGGCUAACAACGGUGCUGGCAACCCAACACCUACCAAUGAAGAGGAAGAUGAUGAAGAGGAUGAGUAUGACUAUGACUAUGAGUCUCUCUCUGAUGCUGAUGUCCUUAAUGCUUCUCCUGCUCCUAACAGCCAGGAAGAUAACAUUCUUGAAGACCGACCUGAGAAUAAAUUACCAAGUGAUAAACUGCAGUAUGAAUAUAAUGAAGAGACUGCCAAACGAAUAAAGAAGGCUGAUUGUGCUGCUUACAAUAAUAAAGGAAAGGUUUACGAUAUGGAGCUGGGUGAGGAAUUCUAUCUUCCCCAAAACAAGAAGGAAAGCAGACAGAUAGCUCCAGAGCUAUCAGAUCUUGUCAUUUACUGUCAAGCUGUAAAGUUCCCCGGCUUGUCAACUCUAAACCCAUCUGGCUCUAGCAGAGGAAAAGAAAGAAAAAGCAGGAAGUCCAUUUUUGGCAACAAUCCUGGUAGGCUGAGCCCUGGGGAGGCAGCUACUCUUGCCAAAGCAUCUGGAAAAGGCCCUUUUGAUGCAAUGCGGCAGACCUGGGAAGAUCCUUGCUCUCCUUACAACUCUCCAGCUUCUCUCAGUGCUAUCAUAAGGACACCUAAGUGCUAUCACAUCUCCUCCCUGAAUGAGAACGCUGCCAAGCGGCUGUGCAGGCGCUACUCUCAGAAGUUGAUCCAGCACACCACCUGUCAGCUCCUGAGGACCUACCCCGCUGCCACACGCAUCGAUUCUUCAAAUCCCCAUCCACUGAUCUUCUGGCUCCAUGGCAUACAGCUUGUGGCUCUCAACUACCAAACAGAUGAUCUUCCUCUGCAACUUAAUGCAGCCAUGUUUGAGGCUAAUGGUGGCUGUGGAUAUGUUUUGAAGCCUCCUGUUCUGUGGGAUAAAAGCUGUUCAAUGUACCAGCAGUUUUGCCCGUUAGAAAGAGAUCUUGAUAAUAAGGAGCCAGCUAUAUAUUCUUUAACAAUUGUGUCUGGGCAGAACGUCUGCCCCAGCAAUAGCAUAGGCAGUCCGUGCAUUGAAGUGGACGUCCUGGGGAUGCCUCUGGAUAGCUGCCACUUCCGGACGAAGCCCAUUCACCGCAACACCCUCAACCCCAUGUGGAAUGAGCAGUUCCUUUUCCGGGUUCACUUCGAGGAUUUGGUCUUUCUUCGCUUCGCGGUUGUUGAAAACAACAGCUCCGCAGUGACAGCUCAGAGAAUCAUUCCCCUGAAAGCUCUGAAAAGAGGUUAUAGACAUGUCCAGCUCCAUAACCUGCACAAUGAAGCAUUAGAAAUUUCUAGUUUAUUCAUAAAUAGUCGGAGAAUGGAAGAAAGUCCCUCUGGAAACACUCUGCCUGCAUCUAUGUUGUUUAGCAUGGGGGAAAGGAAAGCUGCCAUGACUUACAAAGUGACAAUUCAUGGAAUUCCGGGACCAGAGCCUUUCACAGUUUUUAAUAUAAGUGGGGGGACCACAGCUGCACAGCUUCUCCACCAGCUCUUGGCUACCACAAAAGGCACUGAGUCAUGUGCUGCAGACUAUUUUCUGAUGGAAGAGAAAAGCUUUAUAUCUAAAGAAAAGAGUGAAUGCAAAAAACCACCAUUCCAGAGGGUGAUUGGUCCUGAGGAAGGACUAGUGCAGCUUUUGAACAGUUGGUUCCCAGAAGAAGGAUAUGUUGGAAGGAUUCUCUUUAAAACCCGAGAGGAAAAUUUAAAUGAGAGAAACGCCCUUCAAGAAGCAAAGGAAGAUGCAGCCAUCAGCUCUGAGGAUGACAGUUUCUUUGUUCAGGUACACGAUGUCUCUCCAGAGCAACCACGCACUGUCAUCAAAGCUCCCCGCUUCAGCACAGCUCAGGAUGUCAUACAGCAGACUCUGUGCAAAGCGAAGUACUCCUACAGCAUUUUGAGCAAUCCGAACCCAAGCGAUUAUGUGCUCUUGGAAGAGGUGACAAAAGAGCCAGCAAACAAAAAGUCCGUGACAUCUAAACCAUCUCAAAGGAUUCUCUCUGACCAAGAAUGUGUGUUUCAAGCCCAAAGCAAGUGGAAGGGUGCAGGAAAAUUUAUUCUUAAACUCAAAGAACAGGUUCAGGCAGCACGAGAUGACAAAAGAAAAGGCAUUUCCUUUGCCAGUGAAUUCAAGAAGUUAACCAAGUCAAGUAAGCAGUACCGGGGAUUCAUAUCACCACCUCUGCAGGUCCUGCCAGACAGUCCACAGAGCAAGGAUGAGAGGUCUCCGUGCAGUUUGACUUUUAGCGACCUUAUGGAGUAGCAGCCACUGCAGCCUACAGUACAGUACGGUCCAGUCAGGUAUGAGAUACCGAUUCUGACCCUGAGCACUCACUCAGGGUCACUCACAUGAUUUACAGAGUAUUUUUUUCCAAGUCAGAGUUGUUACUGUGGUGCAGUACAAGGCACUGACAGAAAGAGCUACAGAAGCCUUAUACAAUGGUGCUCAUGGAUGCAGUAAGAUCAGCCCUGAGAUACCAUCCGAGAAGUUACAGCUCAUUGGAAAUGAAAAAAUCUUUUUUGGUUUGGAUAAUCCCAGCUUGCAUAUGGCCCACUUAAGAUUACAUUUAUCUUUCCACAUACAUCUAAUUAUUAAGGCAUUAAUUGGCAUGCAGUGUCACACUACUAUUAAAUUACUAAGAGA